AUGUUAUUCUCUACUUUACCAGCACUUGCUACUCUUGCCAUCUUUACCGGAACAACUAUCGCAGGUAGAGAGCAAGCAGCGUUUCGAGGGUCUGGGGCGAAAUACACUACAGAAGAUGUUAGCACCGGUCGAGGGAAUCUUGCAGGAAUUUUCGACGGCGAUGUUGCUGGGAGUUCCGGAUCAGUAGAGACACAUAUUGGCCCUGAAUGCGGCGGUAAACCAGUUGGCUCCAAGAAGCCCAUCUCACUCCCUUCCGACCGCUGUCUCUCCAUGCACAGCUGGUCACUUCGAAUCCUCACUCCGGCUGUUUGCGCCAACGGUACCCGCUCUAAAUGGGCACGCUUCGAAGGUCCCAAGUGUAAUUACGGAGAGAUCACAUUCGAAGAUGGACUUUUAGAUAUUGAAGAUUCAGAUUUGAAAGAGUGCAAAGAGAUGGCCAAGUCAGGAAAUAGAGAUAUUAAAAUCGGGAGUAUGGCUUUCUGGUGUGAUGGUUUUGGAGAUGUCAAGAGGCCCGACCCGAAUGCGCCACCAGUCGAGGAGAAACCGAAACCAAAAGCGGGAAGUGUUAGUGAGACUGCUUGUUCAGGCCCACCAUUCUUCAGACACCCGAAAACAGACACUUGUAUGAACCUCUCGACUGAGAAAUUGAAGAUUUACUCUUCCGGGAUCUGUAAAGAUGGGACACCUGCGAAGUGGGCGAAAUAUGCGGGUAAGGAUUGUGCUGGAACGCCCGCUGAGAAGCUGGAUGUGGGCGAGGAGUUGACGGAGAAGUGUCUGGAUGUUAGUGAUACGAAGAGCUUUGCCUUUUGGUGUACUGGUGAGGGACUGGGGUGGAAAAAGACUCCGCACAGGACUGGUCGAGCUGGUAAGGGGUGGGUCGUGAAUUUGUUGAUUGCGUUUGUGGUAUUGUUGAUUGUAGGCGGGGUUGGGCUGGUUGCGUAUGCGUUUAGAGAUCGCAUUAAGGAGUUGCUUCGGAGAGAUGGGUAUAGUUCCAUUGCUUUGUAG